CAGACCUGAAGGUCGUGUUCUAAUCUGAUGCAUAAUCUCGGCUCACUACCUCAGUUUAGAUGCCUGGCCGUGACUGGAAUCUUUCGCACAGUGCCCAAGAUUCCUCCUCUUCUGGGACUGAUAAAGAUCUCCGAGCUCCGGAACCCCAGAAGACCAUUAGCCGAAAAGGCGGGCUUUGGACCUACCGCUUCCAGGAACUCGGAGCACAAAAAAAAAAAAAAGAAAAAAAAAGAAAGGAACAUCGAUACCUGA